GCGGCUCGUUUGUAAAUAGUACGGCCUUUGAGCCUUAGCAGCACGGUUUCUCGGUUGGAUUUCAGGCUGAGGCGGUAGCGGUACUGCGAGGGUGGUUAGAAGAAGGAUGGGCAUCGCGGACGAGGCGGACAGGACGCUGUUUGUGGGCAACCUGGACCCGCAGGUGACUGAGGAACUGCUCUUCGAACUCUUCCUGCAGGCUGGUCCCCUGAUUAAGGUGAAAAUCCCGAAAGACAACGAUGGGAGGUCUAAGCAGUUUGGGUUUAUUAACUUCAAACAUGAGGUGUCUGUCCCUUAUGGGAUGCAGUUGCUCAACGGAACUCGGCUUUUCGGAAGACCUCUCAAAAUACAGUUCCGUUCCGGAAGCAGCCAUAUAAACCAGGAGGGAAACAGUCCAGGCCAGUCUCAGAGUCCCAGCCCUUGUAACACACCCACUCACCGGGGUGGCAGGUACGACAGGACAAUGGACCAGAUGGGCUCCCCGUCUCAUUCCCCCCCUCAGCCCCUGCUCAGGUCCUUCUCGCAUACAGAUAAUCUGCAGCGACAGGCUGUGAUGAACACGUGGCAGAUGCACACAAAUGGCAGCUUCUACGGUAACUAUGGGCAGGGCCCAGGUGGAGAUCAUGGAUAUGGGGGCUCCUGGCAGCAGGAAAGCAGCCCAUCAUCCAGGGGGCUCUGGCACGGCUACCAGCAUGGGAACAACAGAGACCACUACAGCAGGGAGCAACGCCACAGUGAGCAGGGCUCUGAGCGGCACCACCGUAGCCAGCGUGGUGACCACUACUACCACGACGAGAGGAGCGGUGGCGGGGGGCGGAGCCGCGAUUACCCGGAGAGACACAGGGAUGGCGCAAGAGCUGCCCGCUGGAGACGAUACUGAUACAGAGGGUAUCCUUUUUAAAUGUUUUAUACUCAUUUUAAACAUAUCUUUAUAUGAAUGGUUUGUGUUUUAACUGCCUCAACAACUAGGUGCUCCAUGUUAAUACCAGCAUCAUGAGAAGUGAAUACUAGCAGGCCCCAGAUACUGCACCACAGUGUCUCUCUAAGUGCAUUAAGUGCCUGCAAAAUUCAACACCUUUUGGAGAGCAAUUUUUUGUUUCCAAGAAAAAAAAAAAAAAAUCAAGAUUAUAAAUGUCGGAAAGAGUUAAUUCCAAAACGGGUCACAUUUUGAAGGUAAACAUUUCUACUGUAGGAUCUCUGUUAAAAAUGUGCUUUAAAAGCUUUUUAAAGUAAGCAUAAUCAUUUGGACACAUCUCUUUGGCAGUCUAUGAAAUCGUGAACUCUGUAACAAGACCAGUUGUAUUUUUUAAAUUAAUUAUUUUCUUAUUUUCUCAGAUGUUUUUUGGAUUUUAAGUGGUUGUAACUGUCAAGCAAAAUGGAAUAGUUUUGAGCUUGUGUGUAUUGUUGGGAGGAGCUGAGAUUGAAGAUUGAAGAAUUCUUGUCUUCACCGUUAAAACCUGAGAUACAGUUGUCAGUUUUUAAAAGACUUUACAAAUUACCAGCCCAGAAUUUUUUGUAUGUAUAUUUUACAUAUUAAAAGUGGCACAUUGCCAUGGAUAUGAACUGCCAGUGACAUACAAAUAUUUUGUAUUUAUAAAGGUGUACAAACUUUUUUUUGUUAA